AUGGGAUUCUCCGACUGGUGUAUCGAAUGGACUCCCUUCGCACUGGUUUGCUGUUACUGGCCGACCGUCACCGCCAUCUUCGUCAUGUGCUCCUCCGAGGCCAUUGAGGUGUUUUACUACUUCUACAUGAUUGUAAAUCUCUACAUCGCGGCGGUAUCGGCGUUUGAGAGCUUUUUGGCCCUGACCCCUGUGCGACUGGCUCGCAAGGCUGCCAUCAAGUUCAAUCAAACUGAAGUCAACCUUCGGAAAGAUGCUGGUGACGAUUUGCCUGUUAUGGAACUGGUCAUGGUGGCAUAUCUGCCCAAUGAGAAGGAUAUUGUUGAGCAGCAGAUCAUGUAUGCUCUGGAAGAGCUGCAAUAUCCAGGACAGAAACUUCGCAUCAGCCUUGUAUACAACACACCGAAACCUAUUGAGCCGCUCGAGAGCGGACUGCGCCAGCUGGAGAGAGACUGGGGCCAACUGAAAGUGGUCAAAGUUCCAAAGUCGACAUCCAAGGCCGAGAAUCUGAACUACUUCCUCUCCCUUCCACAUUCUGGACAGUCAGAGUACAUUGGCAUCUUCGACACCGACCACCUUCCUCAUCCUCACAACCCACGAUGGGCCGCCGAACGGUUCAAGAAAGACAAGUGCGACAUCGUACAAGGCCGAUGCGUCGUCUACAACACCGGCGAAUCGUUCCUGUCCAAGAUGAUCGCUAUCGAAUUCGACAAGAUCUACGCCAUCGCACAUCCUGGACGAAGUCGCCUCUGUGGGUUUGGCUUGUUCUGUGGAAGCAACGGGUGGUGGCGAGCUGACGCAAUCCGCGACAUUCGUAUGAGGGAGAAGAUGUUGACGGAAGACAUCGAUUCUGCGCUUCGGGCGUAUGGACAGGGCUACAAAGCAGUCCAUGACUUGAACGUCGUCUCAUAUGAGCUGGCUCCCACAAAAGUAAUGGCAUUCUGGAAGCAGCGUAUGCGAUGGACACAAGGCUGGACACAAGCUUCGAUCGAUCACCUGUCCUUGAUCUGGACCAACCCACCGGAAGGCAAAGGCAAGAGAGAUCUCCACGAACGGAAUGGCCUCUUCUCGCUCCUCUUCCUCCGCGAGCUGUCCUACUACUUCGUCUCGCAACAUACAUGCCUGAUCCUCAGCUUUAUCGUCAACGGCUGGCCACACAGCGCAGGCGGCUUGGUGAAGCUCAUUUGGUUCACAUACCCGCUGGCCGAAUGGUUCUUCAUCCUGGUUAUCCUCGCCUUGAUCUGCACUCUGUAUUGCACGGAUCUAGUGAGGAGCGAGUUCACCUCAUGGUGGUACAUGAUCGCCUUCAGCAUCAUCUACACACCCUACCUGAUCGUGCAGAGUUGCAUGGGGCUGUACGGGCACGCGCGAGAAUUGACCAAGUACACGAAGUGGAACCCCACAGAGCGGAAAUAG